GUUGGUUCCAGCCACCUCCAGGGAGAUGUGUUGGGAAGUGCGAAGUGUCCCCGAAGGAAGGAUUUGGAUGAAGAUCUCUCUACUCACUCACCGCCUAGCUUUUGCAGCCGCUGGGGCUGGGCUGCCGCUCCUCCUGCUAUGAUGCCUGGGCAGAUUCCAGACCCUUCCGUGACUGCGGGCUCUCUGCCAGGGCUCGGCCCCCUGACCGGACUCCCCAGCUCGGCUCUGACUGCAGAGGAGCUGAAAUACGCUGACAUCCGCAACAUUGGGGCCAUGAUCGCCCCCUUGCACUUCCUGGAGGUGAAGCUGGGCAAGAGGCCCCAACCCGUGAAAAGUGAGGUCCACUGGCAGCCUGGACUCAGAGUUGGGAAAGUGGGUCAUCUCGCCGGUGAGCUCCGCUGGCUGAACAACGCUAGAGCCAGCCAAGCUGCUCUCCCUUCUACCACAUCCCCAAGACACAAGACCACUUGGCCUGAGCUAGAUGAAGAAGAGGAGCGGAGGAAAAGACGCCGGGAGAAGAACAAAGUGGCAGCAGCCCGUUGCCGGAACAAGAAGAAGGAGCGGACGGAGUUUCUGCAGCGGGAAUCUGAGCGGCUGGAACUCAUGAACGCGGAGCUGAAGACCCAGAUCGAGGAGCUGAAGCAGGAGCGACAGCAGCUCAUUCUGAUGCUGAACCGGCACCGCCCCACCUGCAUCGUCCGGACGGACAGCGUCAAGACCCCCGAGUCCGAAGGCAACCCGCUGCUCGAGCAGCUGGAGAAGAAGUGACCAUGGGUUGGGAGCAGGAGGAGGAGGACGAGGAGGACGAGGAGGAGGAUUUGGGAAGAGGGGAGAGAACCACGGCUCCCAGAGGGCCCUUCCUUGCUGCAUGACAAACUUGACAACGAGGCUCAGCCCAGCCAGCGCCGGCCGGGCUUUUUUUUUUUUUUUUUUUUUUUUUUUUUUUUUUUUGUGAAACUCCGAUCAGCCACACAAGGGGAAGAACGGGCUGACGAAACCAGAAGGACCAAGCGCUGAGACCAAAGUAGACCCUCGGACGGAGCUGCCGUGCCUGGGGCCCAGCUCGAAGAAGGCAGGACAGAGACCCCUGGCCAGAGAGACACCCCAGCGAAUGGCGUGGGGCGCCGCUCUGGCCUCUCCGCUGGGUGCCUGUGGAGGGACCUCGGAGCAGCCAGGAAAAGCCAUGACUUGCAAACGAAAUGUGGCUGGGCAUGGAACUCAGAGACCAACUGCAGCCUGCCUGCCCCCGGCCGUGCCUCCCAACCCUGCUGCGAGGCCACCAGGGUCCAGCGUGGGUCCCGCUGGGAGCAGCAGCCGGGACGCACCCUCGGCGGCCCUGCCGGAGUUUGCUGCGGGCACGAGGCGCGGGCGCCCUUCCAAAGCACAUACUCACCGAAUGUUUACAGACUGGCUGUCCUGGCAGGGCUUUCAACUGCACAUGUUUUUUUAUACUUUCUUUUUUUUUUUUUUUAAUAUUUUUUACAAAAAAAAAAAAGAUUUUAUACAAGCAAUAUAUAUAUGGAUUUCUAUAAUCACUCGAUGUGAUAUAGUAUAAAUAUGCUACGGUUUGUUUGUUACGAGCAGAUAUCCAGCAGUUAUGGCCAUUGUGUGUAACCCUAAGUACUGUAGUCGUCUCUGGGUGUUGGGGGUGGCUGGGGUGGGUGUGGGGUGCAUUUCCAUCCUGGUAAACCCUUCAUAGUACUCAGUCCUGUAUUGCUCAGUAAACGUUACUCUUACCUACUCAGCUGCCUCUUGUGGUGUCUACCUAGGGAGUGGGGUGCAAACCACGCUCAGGGGGGCCUCCCGGUGUGUGGCAUCAGGGGAUGUUUGGAGCAUCUGCUGUACGCCCUGGGUUUUCACCAUGGCCCUCCCGGGUAAGUGUUUAUAUGCCCAUUUUACAGAUGCGGAAGUCAAGACUCGGAGAAGUUCAGGAACUCUGCAGUACUUCCUUAGUUUCUUUCCUCUGCGAGUGUCCCGAGUAUGUGCCCUGUGUGUGCCAGCCAAUCUCCAAGGAGCUGAGCAGUCACCAUAAAAUGACAAUUAUCUUGUUCUCUGCCAGUGUGGAUAGUUGUUAUUUACGACCUAGUGCCAAUGAUUUCCUCUCUUCUAUUCUCCAAAGGUGGCUGCAGAGUUUGUGUUCUGUAUUCAGCUCUUCUAGCGACAAAUGCUGGGAUUCACGAUUCCUAGGUUCAUUCGGCUCCUGCAUGGCCACAGUCAUCGGUGUUGAGCUCCUCAUCCCCUCCCUGGGCCUCCCCGUGCCUUCCUGCCAGGUGGUCAUAAAUGAGGCCUCUGCCCAGAGUUGCUGUGAGAAUCAACCGUGCAACCCCAAAGAAGGACAAGACCCAUUAGCAAUCAGAUGGGCAGAAACCAGUAUGUGUUGGUCAGGAUACGAAUUAAAGGGAACUUACAGAGGCCACUAGUGGGAAAUCGGUGUGACUCCUGUGCAAAGCAAUUUGGCAAUUACCGGUGAUGCUAACCCGAAACGCAUCCUUUGACCCAGCAAUUUCCCUCCUAAGUCUGUGCCCUGGAGGAACUCGAGCACAGGGGCCCGAGGAAAUGGACAAGGUGUCACUGAAGCUCUGUUUGUAAUAGAGAAACUGGAAACAGCCUAAAUACACGUGAAGAGAAGACCAUAUAAACAAAUUGUAUUUUUAUAGACUCAAAUAUUAUUCAGCAGCUAAAAAGAAUGAACGAGAGUUACAGGUGUCGGUGCAGAUAAAUCUCAGGAACACAGUGUUGAGCUGGAGAGGAUGGCAAUUUGCAAGAGGUUAUAUGCAGUCUACCAUGUAUGCAAUCUUCCUGAACAUGUAAACUGAUGCUUUACUUUUUACGGGUACACACAGAACUGGAUAGUGGAGUUAUAAAAGCAUGCACAGGACUGCUCUAAAAAUCAAAUAUCAAAAUCAGUAAUGGGGAAUGCUCCUGGGGGGAGGGGAGAGAGGGGGUCGAAGGCAGCAUCUGCAAGGCUAAGAAGGACACUGGGUUUCAACUGUACGAAUAAUAUUUCAUUUAUUUUAAAAAACCGGAAUCAAAUAUGGAAUAAUGUUAGAAUUUGUCAGAGGGGAGUGAUAUCGUCACAUUCUUCUGUAUGCUUGGUAUAUUUCGUAAUAAAAGAAAACUUGCCACAGCACAAA